UAUAUAAACUAUCAUUACAACAAAAGUUUCAUUCACCAUUUGAAAUUUUUGCAUCUCUCAUCUAGUGAUAUAUCAAAAAAUUUGGAAUCCAUGGAGGUUGAAAAUGGGAAUGAGCUUGAAGUUCAUGUGUUUCAAUCAUCAAAAGAGUUACUUGCAAAACUAAAUGAGAAAUGGAGCUUAGUGAAGAAACAACCAUACCCAGCUAUGUAUUCAAGCAUUUUUGGUGGAAUCAUUGUUGAUCCAAUCAUGAUGAUGAUUCCAAUUGAUGAUCACAUGGUUCAUAGAGGCCAUGGAGUGUUUGAUACAGCUGUUUUGUUAAAUGGACACUUGUACGAACUCGACAACCAUCUCGACCGCUUCCUAAGAUCAGCUUCGAAAGCAAAAGUUGCCUCACCAUUCCCUCGAUCAACACUUCGAACCAUUCUCUUGCAACUAGCCGCUGCAUCAAAUCACAAGAAAGGAACAUUGAGAUAUUGGUUAAGUUCGGGCCCCGGGAACUUCUUGCUCUCAUCAUCAGAGUGUCCAACAACAGCAUUCUACGCGGUAGUCAUAGAUGAAGACUUUACACAAUGCAAAGAAGGUGUUAAAGUGAUAACAUCAACAAUACCAAUGAAACCACCACAAUUUGCAACAUCAAAAAAUGUGAAUUAUCUCCCAAAUGUACUUUCAAAGAUGGAAGCUGAAGAGAAAGGAGCAUUUGGUUCAAUUUGGGUUGAUGAGGAAGGUUACAUAGGGGAAGGACCAAAUGUGAAUGUUGCCUUUAUCACAUGUGAAAAUGAGCUUGUUGUGCCUUUCUUUGAUAAAAUCUUAAGUGGUUGCACUAUUAAAAGACUUAUUGAAUUGGCUCCAAAAUUGGUUGAGAAAGGGGUUUUGAAAGGUGUUAAAUUUGCUAAUAUUACAGUUGAAGAAGCUAAAGGAGCCAAUGAGAUGAUGUAUGUGGGGAGCACAUUGCCUGUCUUGCCUAUCAUCAUGUGGGAUGACCAACGCAUUGGAAAUGGAAGAGUUGGAGAGUUAACAAUGAAAUUGUCAGAUCUUCUUUGGGAAGACAUGGAGGUUGGUCCUGAGACACAUAGGACUCCUGUUCCAUACAAGAACUGAAAAUAAAUAUAAUUUGCCAAAUUAAAAGAAAAUUAAUAUGCUUUUAUUGAUGAUAUUCAUGAGGUUUGUAAUGAUUUUCAUGAUGUUUUUUUUUUAUUUUUUUUUCUCUCGAUGAACUUGUAACGAUGUUGUUCAUUCUUUAGCUAAGUAUGUAUUACUGUUGCUAAGAAUUUUGUUUGGUGGCGUAGAUUUUGUAACUGUAUUUGACCCUUGAUUGAGGUUGAAUCUUCUUGAUUAAUGAACUUCUUUGGCUCUCGUUUUUAG